AUGGAAGUAGUGGAGAAUUAUUUGUCAGACUCAUCAGUUUUGGCUGAAGCUAAUAGCUCCGAUUCAAAGGUAAGUUAUUCUUUUAAAAAAAUAGAAUGGUCUGAAAAAAUGUUUAAUUGUUUCAGGAGCAAUUGAUAGAUAAAGAAAAUGAAAAAGCUUCGUCUGAAGUAAAAGAAAGACGAAUUAAUAGAAGAAUUGCAUUGGCUAUGGCUCGAGCACAAGAUUCAUCGCCACAAACUCUUUCAAAAUUACAAAAAACAUCAGCCGAUAAAACAAUUGAUUUAACAAAUGAAGAUGAUGAUCCGACUCAUAAAUGGUUCAAAAAAACGUUUAAAGUUGAUGAAAAAGCGAAAAAGGUCGAGAAAAAGCAAACAGAUGAGUUUCAGAAGCCUCACAAUUUCCCAGCGCAUGCACCAAGAAGUUGUAAGUUGGAAUUUUCAUUUUAAAUUUAAAUCAUAUUUUUACUUAGUGUCAACAUCGGCAAUGAUCAAGAAGAAACUUGCUGCUGGUUUAGCUGUGAAACGAAUGAAAGGAUUGGAACAAAGAAGACAAAUGUAUGAGAUGGAUAAUCAACAUUUGAAACCUGAUAGCGAUGAAGAUGAAGAAUAUGAAGAAAAGACUCUAAAAAGAAAGAAAAAAGUAGUGAAACCUGGAGAUUAUGACAGUGAAGAUGAUAGUGAUUAUGAUCCAACAAAAGGAUCUGGAGAAGAUGGAGAAGCCGAUGAUGAAUCACAUCAACAAGUUAAUCAUAUUCGCUACCCAGCUGAUGACGAAGUUAGUGUUAAUCUACUCAAUGAUUCUUUCACUUAUGAUGUUUUUAAAAAUGUUGGACAUCAACAUGGACCUGGAUCUACUAUUUCAACUCUUGAUGGGUAAGCAAUGCUAAAUUGAAAAUAAAAUGUCACAUUAGAAUUUUCAGACACAUCGAGAAAAAUGGCGUUUUGAAAUUACCAAAUGUUGAAGAAAUGGAAGCGCAAAUCGAAAAACCUUCAACUAUUGAAGACGAUUUCGGAGAUAUUUUGAGCUUAUGUUCCGGAAAGUUUGGAGCAACUCAAUUCGGAACACAAGUACAAACUUCUAGUAGUAUAAAACAUGUUGAAGAAGAAAAACCGUGAGUAAUUUUCGAAAUGGUAUUAGAAUAACUUGGAUGGCAAAAACAAUUUUCGUGAUGAAACAUUUUUUAGAAAUGACGAAAAUAAUCUAUUUUUAUAGACCUGAAAAAUGUCCUAUCCCGAAUCAUGAAUGCCAUAGUUUUGUUAGCCUAAUAGUUUAACAUAUGUUUUUUAGAAUCCCUCAAGUCGAAUCCUUUUCUCCAAAACAUAAUAACGAAGAAGAAGAGGAAGAAGAGGUUAUUGUUCCGAAAUCACAGAAAAAGCAAAAACGAAAUAUGAUCGAUUCUGAUGAUGAGGAAAACAAUGAAAAUGAUGAAGAUAAGGAAAUGGCAACUGAAAAUAAUAUCGAGGAUUCUUUGGAAGGGAAUUCAGAUGAAGUUGUUGUAGAGAAAACUGAAAUUUCGAUAACAACAACGACAAGAAUCGUAGUUAGAGAUGAAUCAUCUGAUUCUGAAAAUGAAGAAGAUGAGGAAGAAAAUAUUGAAGAAGAGUUUGAAGAACCUGAAGAAGAAGAAAAAGAGGAAGAGGAAGAAGAUGAAGAAGCUCCAAAUUUUGAUGAUGAAGAUGAUGAAUUAGCUGUGUUGAAACGUAUCGAAUAUCAAGAAUAUAAAACGAAAUCGAAAAAGAAAAACUUUUUCGACGAUGAAGCUUCUUUGUCUGGAGAUGAUGUUGGAAGUGAAAAUGAAGACGAAGAUCCAGAAAAUGAUUAUUAUGAAGCUGAAGAAGGUGAUGCAGAUGAUUUACCAGAUAAUGAUACAAUUCGAAAACAGAAUCAUCGACUUAUGAUGAAACAAGAAAAUGAUAAAGAACAGAGGUAAAUUAUUUAAUUAUAGAAACAUCUUACAAGGAGGGUUGAUUUUUUUAGAGCUUUGUUGAAAUUGCAAGAUAGGCUAUUGGCGGAUGGUGAUUUGGGCGGAAUUGAAACAAAUCGACAGUUCAGAUUUAGAUUAAGAGAAGAAACUGAAGCUAAAAUUGAAGGAGGUUUAAAUUAUCUUCAAUAAAAAAUAAAUAAAAUCAAUGUGUUAUUUUCUAGAAAUGAAUAUUCUCGUGGAUGGAGAAAAUGUGGAACAAGACGAAGAAGAAGAAAAAGAGGAGGAUGAGACGAAAAAAGCUGAAAGAGCACAAAUGCUGAAAUUCCGAAUUGAAAAAGCAGAAGAAUUAAUGAUGUUGGAUGAACCGGUCGGAAUGAAUGAUCCAUUUGCGAGAGCUGCAAAACUUGUAAAAUCAACGAAAAUAAAUAUUGAAGUGGUUGAAGGAACUGAAAUCAUUAAACCUGUGAAACGAAUUGAGGUAUUUUUAUUUUAUUUUGUUUUUUAAAAUCAUUUUCUUUCAAUUUUUUCAGAAGCCGUCACUUCUAAAAAAGACAACAUUAGCAACAACAAUGCAAGAAGUAUUGAUUCAAAGUGAGUUUUUUUUUCAAAAAGACAGUUUUUAUAUGAGGCGAUUUUUUUUCAGCGACAAGCGCUGCUCCCAAGCAAAUGUAUGUACACAAAUAUGAAUCUGCGGAAAAUCGAAAUCAAAAACGACAAUUGCAACAAACUACACCGGAAACUUCUACGGCUAAAAGAUUAAAACCCUCAAAACUUAGCAUUUUGGAAUGA